GAUAAAAUAUAGCGAAAGGGGGAUCCAAUCCGGUUUGAGCUAGUUCUGGCAGUGAUCGGACGUUUAUGUUAAGUUAGAGUCCUCUGUAGGUUUAAACAGACGUGUGUAGGGUUUGCCUGACAUUGCAUUAGUUUCCUGUAAGCAGCUGAAGAGCACUGUCCCUUUUGUCUUUUAUCCUCUGCCUUACAACCUAAGCAACAAUGGGAAGGAAAAAACAGUCUGACGCAGCGGCCUCCGAAGAGCCAAGGAGGAAGUCUCAAAGGUUGUCAGACUUGCAGAAAGAAACUGCGCCCAAAGCAGUACCAGAGAAGAAAAAGGCGCCUCCCAAGCCCAAAAAGGUAAAGGAAGUAAAGGCCAAGACAGAAGAGAAAAAGGAAGAAGAACCUCAGGCCGAGGCUGAAGAGGUCCCUGCAGAAAAUGGAGACACCAAAGCUGAAGAGGCUGCAGCAGCAGAUGAAGCUGACAAAAAGGAGGAAGAAGAAGAAGAGGAGGAGGAGGCAGCUGAGGAGGACAAAGCAGCCGAGUAGUAGAAACAUCCUGAAACUCACUCACCAGUGGUCCAUGUACCUCCUUUCUUGUACAACACAGAGAAUAUUUUUAUCUACUAUUUUCUUAAAACAGCAGUGUUUUUAGGGAAGUGACUUCAUAUAUACAUUUUAGAAAGAUACUACAAAUUCCAGUUUUGUGGCUUCUGUGAAGGGAACAUUUUGGUCAUCUUGUUGUUUUUUUUUUUUCCACAAUGUACUUUUUUUUUUCUCUCUCUCUCAUCUCUUGCUUCCUUUAGUUUGUAGUUGUCUGCAUGACAUUCAGUGAUGCUGAUAUCAGGAAUUUGAUGCUGAAUUCUGGGAGAGUCUGAGGCAUUCCAGAGGUGUCUUGAGGGAUUUUGUAACCUGUACUGUUUGAAUUUAAUACUGUACAUCAUAAUACUAAUGAGUUUAUAGGAUGAUUGAAAGUCUGAGAGUUGUGUUGUAUGCUUAGUAACUUUUUUUGUACACAUUAUUUUGUUUAAACUUGUUCAGUAGUACUGGAAAUGGUUGGGUUGAUUUAUAUAUUUUUUUUAUUUUUUUUUUAUUUUAUAUAAUUUAGCCUCAUUUUAAGAACAUUUCCAUAGCUGCGGUGAAACCAAUAUUUUUCUUUUGAGUCACUGAUGGUACAUCUAAGUACAUGAUUUAAAAGAUGCAUGCUCUCAAUUUUGGAAAAAACAAAACAAAAGGCAUUAGAUUUGACUGUACUUGUCAGUGCUUAUCCCUCUAGGAUAACUGUACUGGUAUUUUCACUUUAGUCAAGGAAAUGUAUGUGCCACAAACUGGUGGAUAUUUCCACUGUGGUUUAGGGAUUUCUACCAAUGUACAAUUUCCUCCCUUUAAAUAUGUUUUAAAAACUUUGUUAUAAAUGGUAUAAAAUGCCAAUUAAAAUGGACUUUGCCCUUA